UUCGCUGCUAAGAAUCGUGUAGUCCGACUGAAUGAUGUCGACCUUAAGUUGGCUCUUGUGGAAUUACCUUUGAUUUUGUACAAGUGAGUGAAAAGGGUACAGUUUCAUAUUCCCAGCGGACAAGUCUAGUGAGUGGGGGUGUUUUCUGUUCCUAAACGAGGCGGAGCUUGAAUUCCAAAGAGGACUGAGUUUCCUCCCGAUACGUCACUCUGGGAUAGGCUGCGAGCUAUCGAGCAACGCUGUCAGUCAACGGGAUUUCUCGCUGGUUAUCUACGCGUCUUAGGAACGGGACCCCCGAGCAGGAGAAAGUAGCCUUGCCCAUCGCGGGUUUAGGCUCUAGGAUUAAAGUGAUCGCCAGUCCCACAGCUUUCGUCGAAACUGCCAGUGGGGAUUCAUGCUGUGUUGGUUAGCUAAAUGCGGUACGAAGCUAAGAUGAUGCCGAUGUUCCUGACAGUAUACCUCAGUAAUAAUGACCAGCAUUUUACUGAGGUUCCUGUUACCCCAGAGACCCUGUGCCGGGACGUGGUGGAGUUGUGCAAGGAGCCGGGGGAGACAGACUGCCACCUGUCCGAGAUGUGGCGUGGAUCUGAGCGAGCUGUAGGUGAGGGGGAGCGGAUGCUGGAUGUUCUCCAAAGAUGGGGACAACACAGGGCAGAGGUGCGCUUCUUUCUGCGUCACAAUCGAGCUCCUAGUAGGGAAUCAGGAGGGUCAAGAGGCUUGGAGUCAAAGAGGAAUGGAGUAAAGGGUCCCCCAGACAGAAGAAUGGAGAAUGGGGUGGCGACACCCCGCAUGGACAUGACGCUGGCGGAACUACAAGAGAUGGCUGCCAGGCAGCAGCAACAGAUAGAGGCUCAACAACAGCUCCUUGCUUCCAAGGAGCAGAGGCUGCGCUACUUGAAACAACAGGAACAGCGUCAGCAGCAGCAGGCCUCUGAGCAGGAGAAGCUGCAGCGCCUCCGAGAGAACAUCGAGAACCAGGAAACUCGGCUCAAGAAGGUCCGGGCCCUCAAGGGCCAGGUGGAGCAGAAGCGGCUCAGCAAUGGCAAACUGGUGGAGGAGAUAGAACAGAUGAACAACCUGUUCCAGCAGAAGCAGAGAGAAUUAGUAAUGGCUGCGUCCAAAGUGGAGGAGCUCAACAGACAGCUGGAGGUUCUCAGAAAUGGCAAAGUUGACAACUUCCAUGACAGCCAGAGCUCUGUGGCUGAACUGGACCGCCUUUACAAGGAUCUACAGCUGAGGAACAAGCUCAACCAGGAUCAAAACUCCAAGUUGCAGCAGCAGAGGGAGAGCCUGAACAAGCGUAACCUGGAGGUGGCUUCGAUGGACAAACGAAUCAAUGAGCUUCGAGAUCGGCUGUGGAAGAAAAAGGCAGCGUUGCAGCAGAAGGAGAACUUGCCUCCUCCGAUACCCUGGCAUUCAGAGCUCACCCAUGCCACCAAUGGCUAUCCUGGUAAAGAGAGGGCUUCAAAAGACACUCAUCUUCAGCUGCCCUCCGAUGGCCAGGCCGGACAGCAGUCAGGUCCGUCACGCGUGGCAGCGGUCGGCCCGUACAUCCAGUCGUCCACUAUGCCCCGGGGCCCAGUGAGGCACGACCUGCUCGUAAAACCAUCCUACCCAGACGGCACUGCCACCCUUCCAGCCCACGACCCGCAGAGCCUUCAACCAUCCAAGCUGGCAGACUGGGGUUCUUCAGGUCCCGAAUCCAACACCAAUGGCCAUGGCCCGUCUUCAACACUGCCACGAAUGACCUCUCACUCCAACUCUAACACAGAACAAGAUGAGACGGAACUGAAGAGGGACAGGAAGGUGCGUCCAUUUUCUAUGUUUGAGCCAACGGAGACUCCUGCUACUUCCCUCCGCAAAAACCAGAGCAGCGAUGACCUGGUCAGGGACGCUCAGGCUGCUCCAAAGGCUCCAGUUAAAGUGCCUCCUCCCGUCCCCACUAAACCAAAAGGCCCUAGUAUUUUGCCCUAUGGCAAACAAGGCCUCAACACAGGCACCUUCCCUAAAGCCAAGCCCCACAGCCAGCAGCCCCAGGCUGCCCAGGGCCGCAGCCCUCUCCCACCCUCACAGAGCCAGACACUCCCCCUACCUUCUAAGCAGGACACUCCACCUGCAGCUACUGUACGGCCCUUCACCCCCGAGCUGCCCUCCUCCAAAGACUCCAGCCUGAGUAAGCCCCAGACCUUAGCGGCCAGCUCCAUUUACUCCAUGUACACGCAGCAGCCUGGCUCAGGGAAGCCCUUCCAGCCUAGUGUACAGGGCGCUCUCAACAGGUCUCAGAACCGCACCAAUGGAUUUGUCAGUGUGUACGGUAAACCAGUGAUUCCCAGUGGAGGAUCCCUACAUCCAGAGAAUCCUUACCUGGACCGCCGCUCCCCUGCCCCAGAAUCUGAGGUAGACCACAGUGGAGCCAACAACAUGGGUCCCACCCCGUCUGAGGGCCCUCAACCAGAAACAGAGCGCAUUCCCCGGCCCCUCAGCCCGACCAAGCUGCUUCCCUUCAUUUCCAACCCAUACAGGCAUCAGAGUGAUGGUGACCUGGAAGCCCUGAGAAAGAAGCUCUACAAUGCCCCAAGGCCCCUAAAGAAACGCAGCUCCAUCACCGAACCAGAGGGUCCUGCAGGUCCGAACAUUCAAAAACUCCUUUACCAGAAGACCACUCUAGCAGCUAUGGAGACCACUGUGACUACACCUACAACUCCGACCUAUGCUGGUGAAGCAGAGAAGGCGGUGGAGGGAUCUGUGGGGCCACAUGGCCCAAGCCCUGUGAGUGGUACAGACAACCACUCGACAGAGACAGGACAGACUCUGGAGGGAGGACAGCUCCCAUCUCAUGUCCCAGGUGUUAAUGUCCCCAUUCCAGCCCCAGCUGAACAAACCAAACCACCUUCAGCCAUCCCAGAGAGCGAGUGCAUUAUCCCCCCUCCUCCCCCAUCCCACCCAGCUCCCAGACCAGAUGAUGCUCUUUUCCCACCACCACCCCCUGCCGGCUUGGAGGACACAAUGCCCAACCUGCCCCCUCCACCUCCAGAAGGCUUCCUGGAAGAGUUUCCCCCUUACCCACCACCCCCAUACCCCAGUGGAGCAGAGCAGGACAGCUUGGGAGAGGACACCUUUAACAUGAAGGCACCUGAAGUCACUGGCCAGGUCACUCUGCCACCGGGGAAGAGGACCAACUUGCGCAAGCCUGGCUCUGAGCGCAUCGAUCACAACAUGAGAGUGAAGUUCAACCCACUGGCUCUGCUGUUGGACUCAUCUCUGGAGGGAGAGUUUGACCUGGUCCAGAGAAUCAUCUAUGAAGUAGAGGAUCCCAGUCAGCCCAACGAUGAAGGCAUCACCGCUCUACACAAUGCUGUCUGUGCUGGACAUACAGAGAUAGUCAAGUUUCUGGUUCAGUUUGGUGUCAAUGUCAAUGCUGCUGAUAGUGAUGGCUGGACACCUCUUCAUUGUGCUGCAUCCUGCAACAAUGUGCAAGUGUGCAAGUUCCUGGUGGAGUCUGGCGCAGCAGUGUUUGCUAUGACAUACAGCGACAUGCAGACGGCUGCUGAUAAAUGUGAAGAGAUGGAGGAGGGCUAUACCCAGUGCUCUCAGUUCCUCUAUGGUGUGCAAGAGAAAAUGGGCAUCAUGAACAGGGGUGUGGUCUAUGGUCUGUGGGACUACAACAGUGAAAACCCUGAUGAACUGUCUUUCCGCGAGGGAGACUGCAUGACCAUCAUUCGCAGAGAGGAUGAGGAUGAGAUUGACUGGUGGUGGGCACGCAUGGGUGACACUGAGGGGUACAUUCCCCGAAACCUACUUGGGCUCUACCCCAGAAUAAAGCCGAGACAGAGAACCCUGGCUUAAAACACAAAGAUCUCUGCACAUUCCAGUCUGCCAGAUCUCUCCAAAACUCACACAUCCACACAGGCUUUAACAGACUGGAGAGGAGAAGGACACUGCUGAAAUGAAGAGACAAAGACAGACCAAACAAUAUGAAGGAUCAACUAUGAACUCGUUCUGGCACUUUUUCUGUAUCUACAACAGAAUCACCUAUUUCCAGGCCACACUGUGUUUCUAAGACACUAUUGGCAUUGUUUUUCAUUUAUUCAUUUUUCUGCUGUUUUUGUUGUUUUUCUAAUUAGUGUCUAAAACUAUUUCUGAAGUGACAGAAACUCAAAUGUUGGGACAUAAAUGGAGCAAAGCAGUAUUUGUAUUGCUAGAAAGUGAUUUUUACACUUUUGAGUAGUCUUUUAAAACUUAUUUUCUGGGCUACUGGUUAUUUUCUAACACACUUGCAGCUCUGCAUUGCAUGAGGUGAAUGAGUGGAUGAUGAUGAUGCCUUUGACAUGCUCUAUGACAUGACAAUCUUUGGGGAGCACUCUUUGUCUACCGUGUUGAGUGACUGAGCCUCUGUGUAACUGCACUGGAAGUGUGAAGUUUCAGUUGUAAGCACCACUGUUCUGGCUAAACAAAUAGGAAAUGUUUGGGAGGGGGACUGGUGAUGAGGCUGAUCUGUUGCUGAUCAUUCUGUGGUUUAUGAUACCCAGAAAGACAGUCUGCUUUCUUGCAUUGGCAUGUGGUUAAGAUGCCAUAGACAGUGUGUGUAUACUUAUAUUUCUGUCACAAACGCUAGUGAAUGUUGCUCUAGGAACGAAAUUGUUACGAAAAUGGACUUUAACACUCCUAAGAGGCCCUUUGAUAAAGAAGAUGUCAUGCAGUAUGAAUUUGAAUAUUUUAUUACAGCCAUUCCAGGACAGUAAAGUAGUGUAUGAAGCCAAGAAGAAAGCUUUUUUUUUUGUAGUAAUCAGUGAGAUGACACACCAUAUUGUAAAGUCAGGCAGUUUCUAAGUCGAAUCAAAAUAUCUGAAUUCCCAAGACUCAACUCAUCACAUAUCUGUCAGUGCAGAUUAUAUUUAUUUUUGUUACUCUUGUCUUUAGCCCUUUUGUCAGAAACAUAACCACAAAUGUACUGUAGUAUUUCAAACAUUUACAAUAAAAUACUUUGUACUCAG